AUGAGGGGACAGUCGGGUCGGGUCACCCUAUCGAUCCGCCUUUUGUUUUCUAUCGCAGGUGACUUCGUUAGUGUCAAGGAUCUUGGUGGCAAGCGGGUUCUGCAUGUGGAAGGCAAGGGGCUUACCUUACUUGCCGAGCAAGCGAUGAUCGACGUUGCCCACCUCCUUCGCCCAGCUCACUUGCAGGUAGCUCCUCUGGAUAUGUUCACAGAAAAGAACACGGGCACCAACUUACCCGCUCAAAUUGAAAUCUAUUCUACUGGCGGCAACGACUACAACUUCUUAUUUAUGGCAAAAGGUGGCGGUUCGGCAAACAAAAGCUUCCUCUUCCAACAAACUAAGGCUCUCUUGAACGAGGAACGCCUCUACAAGUUUAUUGCCGAAAAGAUGCUGACCCUCGGAACCGCGGCCUGUCCACCCUACCACUUGGCCGUUGUGGUUGGGGGCACCUCUGCUGAAUUCAAUCUGAAGACUGUGAAGUUGGCUUCCGCCAAGUACCUUGACAAUCUGCCCACCAAAGGCAAUGAACACGGAUGUGCCUUCCGCGAUCUGGAGGCUGAACGCCGUGUGACCGAAAUAAGCCAGAAAAUUGGCAUCGGUGCCCAGUUCGGUGGUAAGUACUUCUGCCACGACGUGCGUGUCAUCCGGCUGCCCCGUCAUGGUGCCUCCUGUCCCGUUGGAAUUGGUGUUUCCUGCUCUGCUGAUAGACAGGCUCUCGGAAAAAUUACGAGCGAAGGCAUUUUUGUUGAGCAACUGGAGACUGAUCCCGCGAAAUAUCUGCCUGACCCGUCCGCAUCUCACCUUUCCGACACCGCAGUCAAGAUCAAUCUGAACCAGCCUAUGGACAAGGUUCUUGCUGAACUCUCAAAGCAUCCUGUACGAACCCGUGUCUCAUUGACCGGUACCCUAGUCGUUGGCCGUGAUAUCGCCCACGCCAAAAUAAAGGAACGCCUUGAUGCUGGUGAACCGAUGCCCGAGUACAUGCGAAACCAUCCCAUCUACUAUGCCGGUCCGGCAAAAACACCGGAGGGCUACGCCAGUGGCUCUUUUGGACCAACAACUGCCGGGCGAAUGGACAGCUACGUCGAUCUAUUCCAGUCCAAGGGUGGAAGUAUGAUUAUGUUGGCAAAGGGUAACCGUUCCAAAGACGUAACCAACGCGUGUAAGAAGCACGGCGGUUUCUAUCUAGGCUCAAUUGGUGGCCCCGCAGCUAUCCUGGCCAAAAACAACAUAAAGAAGGAAACGAUGCUCAUGCUAGUGACCGCUGACGGGUGUCCGCACGAGAUGAAGGCCGUGGACAUGUGGUGGCGGACCUUCGAUGAGGAGACGCACAGUUUCAUUCGCGAGUGA